AAAAGCAUCGAUGACGUAAAUGUAUCGAGGGAAGAAGCUUGGAUUGGCUUGGGCCGUUGCACGUGUGCUGUACGUUGAACCGGCUGAACUUCGUCACGUCAAAACCGGGAAGCAUUUCAAUAUUGUGGUCGGGAAAGACGGUAGUAACGUUAAUUGAUCGGACUGGUCAUCGCUAUAGUGUCAUAUUGAGGGACGCCAGGAAAAGAUUAGACCGACUGGACAGUAGUGUCCAAGGGUUGUGCAUAGUGUUCGCGGCAUCAGUGAGCCGGCUGACUAAACGCGGGCAACAGGUAAAUUUUUAGUUUCGCAGCCCACGUGAAAGGAAAAGGGUGGUGGUAUUUGAUGAACUGCGAUAUUCUACAUCAUAGAGAACUCAGGAAUUGGUUAAAAAAUCAAGUAUAGGCAUUCGAGAGCUCAUACAGACAAUAAUUAUGAGAAGCGUUCUUGGAUAUUCGAAUAACUGAAUUUUUCAAAGCCAAGAGAAACCAAGGCGGAGUAUGUCUUACGCUGAGAAACAGAACCAUUGUUAUCCACGCCAGGCAACAGCAAUGGAGGAAGAUACAGACUUCAUUCCAAAUUUACCAGAAGGUCCCCUAAAUGUUUAUAGAAAGCAAGCUUCCUUUGACUGGAAGAAAUUGAAGUUAGUUUUUGAUAAACCAGAAAUUCUGAAACUUAAAUUGAAGGUGUGGAGAACUCUGGAAUCUGACAUUCUGUUUCACACUGGUGAUACAAGCUACAAUGUCGAUGAACAGAAGCGUCUUGCCAUGCUCCAGCUAGUCAAGUAUAUACAGUACAAAUUUUAUACAGAUGGUAUAGCAAACAAUAAUUAUAAGAAGAAGACUCGUACCAUGAUGAAUCUCAAUGAAGCAAUGGCAGUGCUGAAUCUUAAUGUGUCCAUCAAGUUCGCUUUGGGUGUUUCCUUGUUUGCAAAUGCCAUUCUGAGUCUUGGGACAGAACGCCAUUUACCUCUGUAUAAGGCUGCUUGGCGUGGAGAGAUUUUAAGUUGCAUAGCUUUGACUGAGGUGGGUCAUGGCAGUAAUACAAAGCGAAUGAGGACAACUGCAACAUAUGAUCCUUCCACUCAAGAGUUUGUUAUACAUACACCAGAUUUUCAGGCUGCAAAAUGCUGGAUUGGAAACCUGGGUAAAACUUGUACAUAUGCCUUGCUGUUUGCACAGCUGUGCACUGCUGAUGGCACUUGUCAUGGGCUGCAUGGUUUUGUAACACCUGUUCGUGACCCAAAAACACUACUGCCAUACCCAGGUAUAAUUUUGGGAGACUUGGGCGAAAAGAAUGGCCUCAAUGGGAUCGACAACGGGUUCAUCAUUUUCCAGCACUACCGAAUUCCAAGGGAAAGUCUGCUGAACAGACUCAGUGAUGUAACUCUUGAUGGAGACUAUGAAACAGCAUUUACCACUCCAGAACAGCAACUUGGAGCAGCUCUUGAAAAUUUAUCUGCAGCCCGGGUUGGUAUCAUGGGUGAAGGUACAAAUGCUUGCUGUUGUGCCGUGGCAAUUGCGGUUCGUUAUGCAGCAGUUAGGAAGCAGUUUGGCCCAAAUCCUGAUGACAUCGAAUUUCCUAUAAUGGAAUAUCAACUGCAUCAGUGGCGGUUAUUUCCCUACAUAGCUGCCACCUGUGCCCUGAAAGUGUAUGUAGCUGAUUUCACUGACCAGUAUCUUGAAUGUGUUGAGAAGUCAAAUUCUGGGGAAACAGUUUCCAACUUGCCGGCAAGUGUUUCGGAGAUCCAUGCAAUGGUAUCAGCAACCAAACCUCUGGUUACGUGGACUUGCCGAGAUACCAUACAGGAAUGUCGGGAGGCAUGUGGUGGACAUGGAUAUCUGAAAGCGUCGGGCCUGGGAGAUCUCCGCAACAAUUUUGAUGCUUCAGUCACAUAUGAAGGAGACAACAAUGUGUUGAUUCAGCAGACUAGUAACUGGCUACUGAGACAAUGGAAUAAGGUCAGGGAGGGCGAAGGAGUUGCGUCACCAUACAAUACUGUUGAUUUCCUUUCAAAUGCAGCAGACAUUUUAAAGAAGAAAUUCACAGGCAGGGAUCUUCAAGAUGUUACAAAUCACAGUUUUAUUCUGAAUUCCUAUCAAUGGUUAAUUUGCUGGCUGCUUCAGGAGACACACAGGAGACUUUGUAUUUCUCAGGAAAGAGGAGAAGAUAAAUUCACAGCAAGAAAUAAUGCUCAGGUUUUUCGAGCUAGGACUCUAUCUCUUGCAUAUGCUGAGAAUAAUGCACUUGUGUACUUCUGGAGAAGAUGUGUCAGUCAAAGCUUAGACAGUACCAUUCAAAGUGUUCUGGUGAAGUUACACGUCCUCUAUGGGUUAUGGUGUUUGGAAAAACAUCUGACAUUAUUCUAUCAAGGCGGCUAUGCAACGGACUCCAGCCUUGCUGAUCUGGUAAAAGAGGGGAUUCUGCAGAUGUGUUCCCAGCUGAAGCCAGAAGCUGUGGCCGUUGCUGACUCUCUGGCUCCUCCAGACUUUGUUUUGAAUUCUGUAAUAGGAAAGUCUGAUGGAAAGCUAUAUGAUAAUCUUCAAGCACACUUCUUUCACAACUCGGGAGCAAUGCAACGACCACCAUGGUGGAAUGAAAUUGUGCCAAAACCUUUAUCUAAACUGUAGAUGCUGCAAGUGCAAUGAAUAUACAGAGGGGCCCAAGAAACAUGCAAAAUAUGUGCUUAAAUAAUUUGUUGGUAAUCCAAAUUUGAUACACACAGAAAGGGAUGGCUGCAACACAUGUUGAACUGGAAUAAGUGUUAAAAGUGCCCACCAUUAGCUGGUAGACACGAGUUCAAUGUUUCAAUUUCUUCCCGUAACGUCUCCAGUGUCAGUGGCUUUCUACAAUAUACCACAUCCUUCAGGGACUCCCACAAGUAGAAGUCAAUGAGGGUUAAGUCAGAUGAGCAUGGGGGAUAUUCAACACUACCUCUUCCCAUCCAUUGACCUGGUUCAUUGAGGUAGGUUAUGACAUCUCGGUAGUAGCGUGGUGAUGCUCCAUCUUGUUGAAAGUAAAAUGGCUUAUUUCCACAGAACUGAUGAAGGGCAAGUAAAAUAAAUGUCUGUAACACUAACUUCGCUGACAGGUGGCGGUUGCUCAGUUGGUAUAGUUCACUUGAGGACUAAAACCACAGAGUUCUUUUUUAUAGGCAUGUUGAGGUACAUAGGAGUAUUAACUGUUCCUUCAAAAAAGAGUGGUCCAGUUAAACCCCUGUAUGACAGUUCACACCAGACAGUGAGUCCUGGUAAAUUGACUGCCCUGUCCACAUGAAUGUGUGGAUUUUCUGGAGCCCAGUACACACAAUUAAGGCGAUUCACUGUACCAUUCAGUUUAAAUGUUGCCUCAUCAAACCAAACAUUUUUGCUCACAAAGUCCACAUUCUUGUAUACCUUUUGUUGAAACUACUAACAAACCUACACUUUUCAAUCAGGAUUGUCUUCAUUCAUGUCAUGUAACAAUUCAGGGAUGCAAACUUUCCAUUUAGCGUGUUUUAGAAUGUGUUAUACCCCUGACAUGCUAACGCCUGUCUCAACAUGCACAUUGUUUUGCAGACUUGUGGAUAUUGUAUAAACUGUACCAACACCAUACCAGAAGAGGUGGACUUGUUGCUCUGCCAGGCCACCCAUAUCUUUGCUUGCACACAUCAUACACUGUACCAUCAGCCUCAAAUUUGUCACAGAUACGUGUAGUUGUUACUCAUGUUGGAGGUUCCAUUGCAAAUUCACGCUGCCACUGUCUUUUUAUUUCAUGCACAUUUUCAGAUUUCCAGCAGCACUUCAGAAUUAUCUUGCGCUGCUCGACCAACAACCGUUCCACCUACGUUUUCUUUGGUUGUCCAAUUAUUCAAUAAGGUGGCUGUGGCACUCAUAUGACUAGCACCAUCUUUUGAGAGAAUAUCACACUACACACCAUACAUUACAUUUUGGUUCAACAUUGUAAAUGUCCAUAGAUAACCUAUGUUAAAGGGUGUAUACGUUUUUUGCGCCUCUCUGUAUUUGGCUAUGUGCAAAAAAGGGAAACUGAUGUCGUAGGUACAAAGCAAGUAUUUUUAGUGUCAGAUGUCCAUCUCAGUAAAAGUAUCCAAAAUCAGAUCAGGGUACUAUACUCCAGUAGUUGUAGAUGGUUCUUACUCGGUGACGUGUGUUUGGAAACAAACACGUACAAAGAAGAAUGCGCAGGCGCAUUACUGCAAUAUUUUUUUGAUAUUGUUUAAAGGAAGGAGAUGUAUCUCAUUCAUAUUAUGUGACUGAUAUUUCAUACUGCCAAAACUUAUAUAUCUGACACUUCUAAUAUAUUAAAAAAUCAAAUGAUGUCAUGAAAGUUCAAAUAGAGUCAUGAUUAUAUUCUGUUGUAGAAACUUAGAUUAUUUAUUUAAUUUCUUGAUAUUUUGAGAAUGCUUGUGUUCUGUGUUUGAAGGAACUGAUGUUCGUCCUACACCAGCUUUUUUUGUAAUUUUUUGAACAUUUAUACACAUAUUUCUCCUGUUUGCACAUCUUUUUAAAUAUUAAUUCCAAAAAGAAAACAAAUAAAUAAAAACCUCUGACCUGAACCAACUGAAAUGUGAGCUUCUAGUAUUAUCGCUAUCCAUUGACAUUCCUCCUGGGGUGGAUAAUGUUAUGGGAAAAGUCUCAUCUGGAGUUCCCCAUCCCUCCUAAGUACAUAUGUUUAGUCUCUGUUCACAUUUUCCUACUCUCUUUUGUGUAUCUUCUCUCAAUCGGUCUCUCAGCCUUGUCCUUGGUUCCUCAGUGGUUAUCUGCUCCAUUUUUUAUCCAUUCUAAGGAAUCAUAUAUCCAUGCUAUCCCCAUAUCACUGUACCAUUAAAUUGUAUAAAUGCAUUAUAGCAUUUCUACUUUCACAUCAUGGCUAUAUACAAUGUUUGAAUUCUGCCUGAACUUGUAUUUCUUUUUUACUAUAGAAGAACUUAUUUUUUACAGACUACACAUGCCCGCGCACACACAUGUAUAUAUGUGUGCAUAGUGCCUGUCCGUGUUUCUGCUCUAGUGUUAAAUUAGGCAGAUAAGGUUUUUAAAAUACCACUGGUUUAAUGUCUGGGGGAAUCUUAGUUCUCAGGCUAACUCAAAUAGUAGUAAAAUAUCUUAAUUUUGUCAGUCCCGCAUGUAAUUCUUCUUGGACUUUGCCACAUGAUGGAUUUAUUGAGGCCUGUUGUCAUUUACAUAUACAGUAAAACUUGGUUAUAGCAACAUUGGUUUCUGCGACACCUUGUCUAUUGCGUCAAAUAUUCAAUG